UACAACGUUUCACCAUCGUUGGACAGAACUUUGUCAACACACAACACACGCCAGCCUCGUUGGCAAAAGUCAGCUCAGCUGCGGUCUAAGUUUCGACUUCUUCUCUGUACCAUUUCGACCUGUAACAACCUGUAACAACUUGAACGUUUCCUCAAGAUGCCGCCCAGCUUGAAGCAGAGACUUGCUGCUCUUUCACUUGCGCCAUCUUCUCCAACAUCUCCUCUGGGAUCAUUCGAUUCAGGUCCUCAUUCUCUGCUCAAUCGAAGAAAAAUAUUCAAUCCUCCAUGGAAGCGAACCCCGGGCGCUACGGGAGAUGAGCCCGACGCAAGGGAUAAAGUGCAGGAGGUUAUGGGCAAGGUGAUUUUCCAAGCCGGUGUCGAUUUCGAGACUCGGCCUAUGGUCAUUAUCAGUGCCUCAGCAUUACCUGAUCCACAAGAGGUCUCCUAUGAUCUACUGUUGCAGCGAAUUUUGUCAUACCUUGAUCUCUUUGUUGAAUCCGAUUACACUGUGGUAUUCUUCGCAGCAGGUGGUCGCUACGCUCCCCACUGGAACUGGGUUUGGAAGGCAUAUCGAAGUCUGAGUAGGAAGUACCGCAAGAACUUGAAGCGGCUGCUUAUUGUACACUCUUCUUUUUUCUCGAAAAUGCUUUUCUCGUUGGCAGGUGCUGUCGUCAGCCCAAAAUUCUUUCGCAAAAUAGUCUACGUCGACACUCUGUCGGACCUGGCGACUCAGGUUCCAUUGACUCAAAUUGACAUUCCACCUGCGGUGUACAAAGAGAAUAUGAAACAGGAGCAGCACAUUGUACUACCGACUCCUGUUCGCUCUAGCGUCUUUGGUGUGCCCUUAGAAGAACUCAUGGGUCACGAUGGCGAAAAGGGUAGCAUUCCGCGGGUUCUGAAAGAUGCUAUCCAGGACCUUCUGACCUCUGGACUGAACGAGGAAGGGAUUUUCAGGCGAUCACCGAGUUCCGCGUUGCUCAAACAGGUUCAAGAGGCCUACGACAGAGGCCAAGUCGUUUCCCUCCAAAGCUUCAAUGACCCCCAUCUUGCAGCUGUGCUAUUGAAGAAGUAUCUCCGCGACCUUCCCGACCCCCCAUUCCCAGACUCUCUGUAUCCCGACAUACGUCGAUGCCCGACGCCAUCGAAUGACCCGGCCGAUAUCGCUGCUACAACAUAUAUUCGCGACACACUCCUGCCACAGCUUAUGCCAUGCAUGUAUAUCUUAUUGAGCAACAUUCUUUACGUGCUGCACGAAGUUUCUCUACGAUCAAGUGUGAAUCGCAUGGAUGCACACAAUCUUGCUAUUGUCGUCUGUCCCAACCUAGUCAAAAGCGCGGACCCGAUGCAAGAUGUACUCAUAUGUUCAAUACCAAGUGGACCAUCAAUGUCCAGUUCAUCCUCCACUACUGCAACGCCCACGCCCACGCCGGCCGCACCAACGCCUCCCACCGAGACUCCAGAUGGCGGUACUACUCUGGGAUCUAUCAUCAAGCUCUGUAUCCAGCGCUAUUAUGAAAUAUUUGACGAGGUCCAUGAUCGCGCAGAGGCAGUGCCCCCGUCCACUCGAAGGUCACCUUCCCCACCAUCAUCGGAGGGUUCAUCAGGCUCACAGCCCAAACAGGCACGACCAUUGAGUUUACGGAGCGAUGACGAAGAAAUUGAUGAUGCGAUGUUGGUCAUGCCGAUUGGGCCUAGUGGGUCGGGGAUUUCCACGAACGAGAAUCUGGCCAGCGUAUGGGCUGGUGGUGGUGCAGAUGCAGAUGCAAGUGCAAAUGCAAAUGCCUUCCCAUACCAGCCGCGGCGGCGAAAGUUUCCUGCAAGUGGGGCCAGGAAUGGAAGUCGGGGUAAUGGAAGUGGGGUAGGCUCUGUUAAUGAUGAUAGCCACAAUGGUGUGGGGAGCCGCCAUCGAAGCCCAGCGCGUUCGUCCAUCAGCAUAGAACAUCCGGGGAGUGUGUUUGGUUCUGGGAGGGGUUCGAUAUCCAUUGGUCGUGGGACGCUUCGCAAGGCCAGUGGUUCGGGGGUAGAAGCAAUGGGAAUCACUGCUGGCGGGUUUUUCACUUCACCGAGCGAUGCACCUCCUGUACCGACACCGAGAAAACGUCGAGCAUGGGUAUAAAGACCGAUGCUUGAUAGAGGUUUUGGACUUUAACUAUAUUUUCGCUAUCUGUUAUCUAUUCACCGGCUCCGCUCAUGAAUCUGAGCCGGAAGACUGCUGGUUCUCAAGUCUAACCCAUCUCAUGCUUAUAUCUACAUGUGUACUACGAUAGUCUUGUAACUUCGAUCUGUACUGAUGGAUUAAGAUUUCACACUUCCAGAUAUCACUCUGUCUAUGAGCGUCAGUCCAAGUGUUUGACAAGUAUGA